AUGACCAAAUCGCACACACUCACUCACGAUCACUAUGAGAUCCUCUCCCUCCCUUUCUCAAGCUCGACGACAACAUCUCUAUCCAAACAACAACUCAAGACCGCAUACCACAAAGCCCUCCUAAAACACCACCCGGACAAAGCUUCCUCCGAGACGAAAGACACAGACCUCCAGACACACUCGCAGUCGCAGUCACAAUCGCAGCCACUCUCGCAAAACAAAAACAACCUACCUCCCUCCCCCGCGACCCCAGCAACUCCCAAAACCACCUACACAAUCGACCAAAUCACCCUCGCCUACCGCACGCUCUCCGACCCAGCUCUCCGCGCAGAAUACGAUCGCGAACUGCGUCUGGAUCGCGAGAAGGCCGCGCGCCGAGAGGAGACAGGGACGGUGUUCCAUACGGGCCUGGAGGUUGUCGAUCUAGAGGAUUUGGCGUGCGAUGAAGGGGACGAUGAGAUGGGUCAUCAGGCAGUUUGGUAUCGCGGGUGUCGGUGUGGUGAUGAGAAGGGGUUUUUGGUUUCGGAGGAGGAGCUGGAGAGGGAGGUUGAGCAUGGGGAGAUUGUGGUUGGGUGUCGCGGGUGUAGUUUGUGGAUGAAGGUUUUGUUUGCGGUGGAUGAGGAUCAGGAUGGGGAUGGGGAUGGCGAGUCGAAGACUUGA